UGUCAGCUCCUGAGGAGGUAGAGAGGGAGGGAGGCGAUCCGUUCCGAACUAGUUUCGAGCGCCAGGUAGCAGCGAUGUGUUUACCUUUUGUUUGAAUCCUCCAGCGAGCAACACGUUGGGGCAGAGCAAACAGAGCACCCACCGUGUGCUCCGCUCACAACACUGCAGCCGCGCUGCCACAACUACUUAGAUUUAUAUAUGUAAACUUUCCUCUUCCCGACUUGCUGCUUCGUUUUGUUUUUAAAUUUGGAAACAUCAUCGGAAAGAUUGUUUUGAUUUUGUUCGUCCGUUUCCUUCCCUCCUCCCCACUCCCUCCCCUCCCCGGUGAAUCUCGCUUGGAGUGCUUGGAGACACAUUUCUGGAGCACGAUGAAAGCUAAGAAAGCGAUGGGCCCGGUGUGCGGCAGUGAGACUGAAGACGACGACAGUCUGGAGGUGCCUCUUGACCUGUCUCAUUCAGGGAAGCGGAGGAGACGGGGGAACCUUCCCAAGGAGUCUGUGCGGAUCCUGCGGGACUGGCUGUACGAGCAUCGCUAUAAAGCAUAUCCAUCUGAACAGGAGAAGACCCAACUGUCGAGGCAGGCGCAGCUAUCUGUACUGCAGGUCUGUAACUGGUUCAUUAACGCACGCCGCAGACUUCUGCCAGACAUGCUGAGAAAGGAUGGCAAGGACCCCAACAAUUUCACAAUCUCUCGCCGAGGCAGUAAGAGUGUAGAUCCCACCUCAAUGACUUCUAACAGCUAUGUUCCAGACCUUGACGAAAGAUCAUUCGGAUCGACAAGCUCCAGCCCAGAAAAUAGAGAGACCUCUCCAUGUAGCAUCUCUUCCGCUGGAGGAUUCCUGCCAAGACCUUCAGUCAUAUGUCACACUACUGUCUCCACACCAAAUGACGUGCCUUUACACUACUGCCCACCUGCCAGCAUAGAUGGAAUGGAUCUUUUGUCAAAUGCAGGUUUAGUGGAUACCAAUCCUGGAUGCUCCAAAGAUGCUGUUCAGGUGGGGUCAAACCCAACCCCCCAGAGUGGACUGUUUAACACUCCUCCACCCACUCCUCCAGACCUCAAUCAAGAUUUCAGUGGAUUUCAGCUGCUGGUGGAUGUUGCGCUUAAACGAGCUGCGGAAAUGGAAUCCCAGUCCAAGCUUACGGCUUAAAUCCUACUCACUCUGGCUGCCAAACUGACUUGAGGCAAGAAAAACACUAAAGCAAAAAAGUUGUUUCAUGUGGAAAACGGAUGCUUUAUGCAGCAUGAUGCCUUCUUAUUUGCACAAGGGAAUCCCAAAACAUGGCUUCCUAUCACAGAAUUGUCUUAACAAACUGCUCGCAUGGAGACAGAUGAACUCAUGACUACUAUAGAUAGAGGUUCUUUAUGUUUUGUAGUUGCUGAUAAUGUGAGAAUUUUCCCAUGAUUAUGUGAUUCUUUACUUUCAAUCUGUGCAAUAUUUAGAUAAACAGAGCCUUCUUAUGAGUCUUAUCAUUCCUGCAUGGAAAAAUGAUGUGGCCCGUGCAUUGUUUAGAACCAACAGUUUUUAUAUAUAAUUAUGUAUUAUCACUGGGGCUUAUUUCUAAAAUGAGUUUUGAUUUAUUCUUUCAGUCUUUAUUUCAGUGUAAGGCAGCAAACCAUGGACCUGGAGAACAGAACUUUAAUGUACUUUGCCUGCAAUGACUGUUUUUAUUGUGCAGACUUUUUCUCUGCUUUAAAGUUCCAGUUGUUACAGCAGGACCUGUGCAUAGGCAGUACCACGCCUGCAAUAUGUUUUACCUGUGGCUGCCAUCACUGGUAUGCUGCUAUUCUGGUAGCCAUGGUUACCUAACCUUAAGUUAGCUGCUGUAUCUGUAUCAAUAAUGAUGUCCAAAGUAGAGAAUGAGACUUAAACCACCCGCUGCAUGUUCAAAAUGCUUUAGCUACUCAAUUGAUAACCUAAUCACCAAUUUGGUGAUUUCAGAUUUGGUGGCUGGUGUGGCUAAAAUCUAAGUCUCGAGCAAAAAGUCUUGAAUGUACAUCUCUUGUAUUGAUUCUUUCUGGUUUUGCUUUCUCUUGUGCAUAUUUCACGUGGAGGCACUGAAUCACAAGUCUGUUCCACCCAGGUCAUCCUCUUCCAUUACAGGUGGAGACGACAUAGCUUCCUGAAACAUUGCCUUUUAUAGCUGGUGUUGUGAGAUCUGGACGUGUUACUGGUGGAGCUCAUAUAUUGUUGGUUUGUCACCUACCAUUGUCAGUGUCUUGAGAUAUUAAUGCUAAAAAAUCAUCCAUGAUGGCUGUGCCAUUAUGCUUUCUGAAUUUUCCAAGUUGUGAUUCAAAAUGAAGUUAGGACCGGCAUUAAGUGAAGGACUUGGCUAUGUUUCUAUACCUGCUGUUACGUAACUGGUUAGGGCAUGAGAUUCCAUGGGGCUUUCCCUGAUCUCCUGCUGUGACUUGUUGUUUACAACCUUUUAUGUGGGGGAUUCUAGCAGUCUCCUGCUUGAGUAAUGGCAAGAGUGCGAGAGAAUCGCUGCAGAAUUUCAGGACAUAAGUUCAAAUGUAUAUGACUAAAUUUGCUAAUAGGCAUAGAGAUUAGUGGACGUAUUAUGUUGCCAUGCUUGUGCUGGUUUUAGUUUCUGUCACCCUGACAAUGCACCUUAUCUCAAAGACGCAUUCCAAUUCAUUCUUCAGUUUCUCAGUAGUGCCAGAGUAGAGGAUAUCUAACAUGAAGCCCUGCUGGCAAUGUUCAAUUUUUUUUUUAAAAGUACUAAGCUUGGCUGCUGACCCUUUAAUCGUUGAAGUGCUAUUUUUCUGGGAUGACUCCCAGGCAUAGUGGAAUGUACUCUACAACCCAUUUACUUUGCUUAAGCAGUGGGUGGGGAGAUGAAAGAAUGUGUAAUUUAAAAAUCAGUUUCCGUGUCUUAAGAUAUUGAGUAGCUUGAGCCUUGGAAAUUGUAGUGAUUGUUUUAGCAGCUAGUUUAAAAAUAAAUACAGAAUUGAUUGGUACCUUGAAGAAGACCUGUGAGUGAUUUUUGGGAUCUUUUCAGCUGGAAAAAAAUUAAGAUUAUUUAAACUGUACCUAGCUGUAGUAAUUUCUUUCUUCCCUCCUCCCCACCAACUCCCUAUCCCUAUAUAUAUAUUUUUUAAGCUAGUUUGUAAUACAUGGCUGAUGCUCCUGUUAACCUGUCUGCAUUAUGAGCAGGUAAGUGCCGAAAUCAUGAUGCAAGUAUGCUAUGCCAAACCUUAUUUACCAUCUUUUACAUGCAGCAGCUGGCUGAUGGCUGAACACUUUCCCAAGCAAUUUUAUAGGUUGGAGAAAGGCUUAUGACUCUAGCAUAGUUGGGUGAUUUUCAUACUGGUUACACAACUUAAGAAAUGAUUUCUACUGCUACAAUGUAGCAAACCUGUCUUCUCUGCCACAUCUGCAUUUGUUGCAAAGCAGUUUAUGGGAACAAGACAAUUGGGCCCUGAAAUUCCUUGUGGAUUCUUGCUAUAACUUUAGUAUGAACCCAGCAAAAUCCCCCAAAGAAACACCAACAAUUACCUUUUCAUCCAUUUAUGUGUUUGUCUUAGAAUCCCAAUAAAGUUUCAACGGGAGGUUGGGGAACCCUCCCGCAGAACCUAUGAGUACAGAAGCUGGAAUUAUAUCCUACCUCCUGAAGAAGGGUCAUGCAUGCAGUUUUAAGUUUUUUCCAGGUCCUAAUGCCUACAUAUGUAAGGGGCUGGAUUUUGUCCCAUGAUAAAGCCAAAUAUCCACUAAAAUAAUUUCUAGAUGUGACUUUCAAAAGAGAGUCUGGUCUCCAUAACCUGUACCUCUUAUAAAGAAUUAUGAUCAACUUUUUCUUUGGAUGGGCUCUAGUUCCAUUUUCUUAUAUAAUUUAUUAAUAUUAUGGAUGCUGAUGACCUGACAGGCACUGUCUUGCUGUUGCUGACUGAAACUUGAAUGGCAGCUGAUUUAACACGCUGUUAAAGUGACAAAAUCACUGAAGCAUUCCAAAUUAUUGACUGUCAUUGUGAAUUAUAAUUCAGUUCACAUUCCUUUCUCGUUGGUCAACAGUACUGUAUUGAAACAUUAUUUUUCCUGACUUAAAAUUAAUCAUAAUUAUUUACCCUUUUUAAAAAGAAUUAGUGGCAUUUCCUACUUUUAAACUAGAUUUUUUAACCCUUCAAUCUAGAAGGUAUUUGUACAAUUUGCAUCCUUGUGGUCAUCUUACAAUUGUAAAGCUGAGUGAAGUCAGACUGUACUGAAUGAACCUGGUCCAUUUUUUUUUUUUGCAUUGAUGUUUGCCUUAUUGAUUAAUCAGGUUGCAAAGACCUGUGAAGACUGACUAAAGCUGCAGUAUUCCUCUUUGCCUUGCCAUUGGAUUCUGCAGGCAGGGUUCUUCUCACUUCCUAAUUAUAGGGUGGGGGCAACAGAAUGCAGUUUCACAAUGUAUCCAAUUUUGAUUAAAAAAAUAAUAAAUUACUUUAUUCCUUCCUAA